AGAAUUAAUGGUUAACAGCUGAUGUUUGAGCGUGUGGUUGAGCGCAGCCUUGGUGAGCAGGCAUAUUGCCCGACUGCUGAGGCCACAGGCGAAUUCAAGUUCUCCAGAUGUCUCUGUGUGCAUCACUUGUUUGAAUACGCAAUAAAAGAAAAAAAAGAAUAAAUUAGAUGUAUUGAAAAAGCAAGCAACUUUCAGGAUACAUUUCUGAUAUGCAGAGAUUUUAAGGACUUUCACAGAUACGUUGUACAAAGAGACAAUGUUACACAACAUUGGAAACCAGUAAAAGUAAAUAUUAAAGGAUGAUUUUAUUGUAUCAAAUGGUAUAUUUCAUUUUAUUUGCCUCAGUUUCUAGUGAAUGUGUGACUACGCUGUUGGAAGAUACCUACUUUGAAGGAGGAGACAUCACUACUGUUUUUACGCCAAGCGCCAAGUACUGCCAAGUAGUCUGCACCUACCACCCAAGAUGCUUGCUCUUCACUUUUGUGGCUGAGUCACCAUCCCAAGAUCCUACUGAAUGGUUUACUUGUGUCCUGAAAGACAGUGUUACAGAAACACUGCCAAGGGUGAAUAGGACAGGAGCAAUUUCUGGGUAUUCUUUCAAGCAAUGCUCACACCAAAUAAGUGCUUGCAACAAAGACAUUUAUGUGGACCUAGACAUGAAGGGAAUAAACUACAACAGCUCCGUCGCCAAGGAUGCUCAGGAAUGCCAAGAGAGGUGCACAGAUGACAGCCACUGUCACUUUUUUACAUAUGCGACAAGGUGGUUUCCCAGCGUGGAGCAUCGUAACAUUUGUCUGUUGAAGUACACCCAAACAGGGACACCAACUAGAAUAACGAAGCUCAGUAAAGUGGUGUCUGGGUUUUCACUGAAGUCCUGUGCGCUUUCUAAUCUGGCUUGUAUCAGGGACAUUUUCCCCGGCACGGUGUUUGCAGACAGCAACAUCGACAGCGUGGUGGCCCCAGAUGUUUUUGUCUGUCGCCGCAUUUGUACUCAUCAUCCCAACUGUUUGUUUUUUACCUUCUUUUCCCAAGAAUGGCCAAAAGAAUCCCAAAGAAAUCUUUGUCUCCUUAAAACAUCUGAGAGUGGAUUACCAAGUACACGCAUCACGAAGAGCAAAGCUCUUUCCGGUUUUGGGCUACAAAACUGCAGACACAGCAUCCCAGUGUUCUGCCAUUCUUCGUUUUACCACAACACUCACUUCUUGGGAGAAGAGCUGGACAUAGUUGAUGUGAAAGGUCAUGAGGCCUGCCAGAAAAUGUGCACCAACGCCAUCCGCUGCCAGUUUUUUACCUAUUCCCCAUCUCAAGGAUCUUGCAACGAAGAGAAGGGCAAAUGUUACUUAAAACUUUCUUCAAAUGGAUCUCCAACUAAAAUACUUCACGGGAGAGGAGGCGUCUCUGGAUAUACAUUAAGGUUAUGUAAAAUGGAUAAUGAAUGUACAACCAAAAUCAAGCCCAGGAUCGUAGGGGGAACCACGUCUGUUCACGGGGAGUGGCCGUGGCAGAUCACUCUGCACAUCAUGUCGCCCACACAGAGACACCUGUGCGGAGGCUCCAUCAUUGGGAACCAGUGGAUAUUGACAGCCGCUCACUGUUUCUAUGGGCUAGAGUCACCUAAAAUUUUGCGUGUGUAUAGUGGCAUUUUAAAUCAAUCUGAAAUAAAAGAGGAUACACCUUUCUUUGGGGUUCAAGAAAUAAUAGUUCAUGAUCAAUAUAAAACGGCAGAAAGCGGGUAUGAUAUCGCCUUGUUGAAACUGGAAACAACAAUGAAUUACACAGAUUCUCAGCGACCCAUAUGCCUACCUUCAAAAGGAGAUAGACAUGUAACAUACACGGACUGCUGGGUGACUGGAUGGGGGUACAGAAAAUUAAGAGACAAAAUACAAAACACUCUCCAGAAAGCCAAUAUACCCUUAGUGGCAAAGGAAGAAUGCCAGAUGAGAUACAGAAGGCACAAAAUAACCAAUAAGAUGAUCUGUGCCGGCUACAAGGAAGGCAGGAAGGAUGCUUGUAAGGGAGACUCGGGGGGCCCCCUGUCCUGCAAACACGAUGAGAUCUGGCACUUGGUGGGCAUCACCAGCUGGGGCGAAGGCUGUGCUCAAAGGGAGCGGCCAGGUGUUUACACCAACGUGGUCGAGUACGUGGACUGGAUUUUGGAGAAAACUCAAGCAACGUGAAUGCAUUCCCACGGGCCAUUUGACUCCUUGAGGGUCGAACCAGAUCAUUCCCUGGAAGAGGGUUUUGUGCUCGCUGAGGAAGACACUGUGUCAUCCUGCUUCCCACUCAGUAACAAAUAGCAGGGGGUUGGUAUUUGUGAGAAAAUACCAAAAGAAAACAAGCCGUCAUUUUCAAAACUCCCA